CAGAAUCAGAAUUUCACAGCACCUUGUUCAUGCUCACAAGCUAUGGGUCAAAAACUCUUCCCCUGUUUCACCCUAUGUUUAAUUCUGUCUUUGUCUUCACCCAUUUAUAGGUAUCCCCUUGUUUAUAGCCAACUUGAUUACAAUUUCUAUGAUAAAUCAUGCCCCUUCUUGUCCAUGAUUGUCCACAAUGGUGUUUGGUCAGCUGUCAAAAGUGACAACAGGAUGGCUGCAUCCCUACUUCGGCUGCAUUUCCACGAUUGUAUUGUCGAUGGGUGUGAUGCCUCAGUUCUUCUUGAUGCUACAAAAGAUUUCACGGGUGAAAAGAAUGCUCCUGCCAAUCGCAAUUCACUUAGAGGUUUUGAAGUCAUCGACAGUAUAAAGGCUGAUGUUGAAAGAUUCUGUCCAUCAACUGUUUCUUGUGCUGAUAUAUUGACUCUUGCUGCAAGAGAGGCUGUUUCUAUGGUAUUUGAUACACCUCCCGCUGGAGGGCCUCCCAGUUACUGGCCUGUUCCAUCAGGCGGACGAGAUGGAACAACAGCAUGGGGGAAGCCUGGAGGGCCUUACAGUUACAGCUGGCCUGUUCCAUUAGGCCGACGAGAUGGAACAACAGCAAGUGAGAAGGCAGUUAAUGAACAAAUACCAUCACCUUUCGAGCCUCUACAGAAUAUCACUGCAAAGUUCACAUCAAAGGGUCUUGAUUUAAAGGAUGUUGUAGUCCUCUCAGGAGGACACACCAUCGGUUUUGCCCAAUGCUUCGCCUUCAAGAGGAGACUCUUUGACUACAAAGGCUCUGGCAAGCCGGACCCUACACUCGACUCUUCGCUCCUCUCGAGCUUGCAGAGCACGUGCCCCAACAGAGGUCCAUCGAAGACCAACCUCUCUCCUCUUGACAUCACAAGUACAGAUAAGUUUGACAAUUCGUAUUACACAAACCUCAAAGGCAACAAGGUGCUUCUUGAGUCUGAUCAAGCUUUAAUGGCGGAUCCACUGACUGCUGCAAUGGUGAACAGUUAUAGCAUGAACCCAUUUCUAUUCUAUAAUGAUUUUGCAGCAUCGAUGAUAAAGCUUGGUAAUGUUGGGGUUCUCACGGGGGAAAAUGGGCAGAUUAGGAGGAAAUGUGGCUCUGUGAAUUAACCAAGGUUUUAGUCACUGUAAAAGGGCCAUGGCCUAAUAAAUGUGUCAUGGAGGCUGAUAUGUAGAUCGUAAUGGAUGACCAAAUCCAAGUGCAAAAGGCCAUUUGAAUUACAACGUGGUCUACCAUGAGUCGUUACAACUAGUUUCGAUGUCAGCAUUUAUGAUUGCUUUGCCUUUGAGGAUCCCAUCUAGAGUUGUGGUUGGAUCGCUAUCAAGAUUAGAUUUAUUUUUUUGGUCUUUGUAUUUUAGAUGUAAUUUUUUAUUUUCGUUAACUAUGUUGGUUAUUUGUACUCGUUCUCACUCGUCUAUAAAAAAAAAUGGCCAUUUGGUUUAAAUGUCAGAA